AUGGCCGGGAACACCGCCUGGCCGUCGCUGCUACUCGUCUGCAGUGUCGCCCACAUAUGCCUCUCCAUCACUGGCAACGAAACUCUGCCGGACGGUAUUCAGCGUCUUAGGCGUCUGUCCAACAUGUCGUCCCGCAUGGCCCGCGUUCUGAGGGAACGGACAGAGGCUGGAGGCCUUGACAAGCUUCUCGUCGCCAUUACGACUCCCCUGGCCAGUGAUCUCAACUGCCUGGCCAUACUGACCGAUCCGUUGUACCAGGAUGUGUUUACACAUCCAUUCUUCAAGAAAAUAAGGAGCCUGCCUUAUUACAAGGUGCUGGUCGAAGAGAACGAGGAGUUGUCUGAGUGGGAGUUCAAUGGGGGACCAGUCCUGAACCAGGUAAAACACGACGGCUGCGACGCCUACAUCAUGCUGGCCGCAAACGGGGAGCAGCUGGCGAAGCUGCUCACGUUUGGAGAAAGGUUACGGCGGCUGAGCAGCCGCGCGCUGCUGCUGCUGCUGCACGACGACCGGCUGUUGGCGCGGCCGCUGCUCGGCCUGUGGCGCAAGCUGGUGGACGUGGUGUUCCUGCGGCGCUACGGCGGCGCCCGGCGCGACGCUUGGUUCGAGCUGUCGACGGUGCCGUUCCCGGCCAGGGCGCGUUUCCCGCUGGUGCUGCGUCGCCUCGACACGUGGAAGCGCGGCCGCCUGCACUCGGGCCGCGACCUGUUCCGCGACAAGGCUGCCAACCUGCGCGGGCAGCCGCUCGUCGCCGCCACCUUCGACAACGUCCCCGCGGCCCUGCGCUCCGACGCCGGCUUCACUGGCCUCGAAGUCGAGGUGCUGGGAGCGCUGUCGCAGUCGAUGAACUUCGCGGCGGAGCUGUACGUGCCGGCGGGCUGGCAGGAGGAGAAGUGGGGCACGCAGCGCGCCGACGGCUCCGUCAACGGGCUGCUGGGCCAGCUGCAGCGGGGCCGCGCCGCGCUCGCGCUCGGCAGCUUCCACUACACGCCGCACCACCUGCGCUUCAUAGACCUCAGCGUGCCCUACACCACGCACUGCCUCACCUUCCUCACGCCCGAGAUGCUCACCGACAACUCCUGGAUGACGCUCGUGCUGCCCUUCAAGCCAAUUUUGAACUGGGUUAACCCUAGGUCGCUGAUGUGGAUGUCGGUGCUGGUGUCGCUGGCGGCUGGCGCGGCUGCGCUGCAGUGGGUGGGCGGCGGGCGCGUGGGCGCGCUGUCCGCCGUGGGCGCGCUGCUGCUGGUGCCGGCGUCGCAGCCGCCAGGGCGGCGCCACUGGCGCGCCAGGCUGGUGCUGGCCUGCUGGUGGCUGCAGUGCCUGCUCGUCGCCGUCGCCUACCGCGCUAGCCUCACCGCCAUACUCGCCAACCCGGCGCCCAGGGUGACCAUCGACACGAUGGAGCAGCUGGCGGCCAGCGCGAUCGCCGUCGGCGGCUGGAGCGAGCAGCAGCGCGAGUUCUUCGAGACUGCGCUGGACGCCGCGAGCCAGCGCGUGGGCACGCGCUUCCAGCUGGUGCGCGACGCGGAGCGCGCCGUCCGCCGGGUGGCCAGCGGGCAGUUCGCGCUCUACGACAACGUGCACGCGCUGCGGCACGCCAGCGUGCGCAGAAAUAUAGCUGUUAAAAAGAGAGAGAGAGAGAGCGGGAUGAACGGCUCGCAGCUGGACGGGCACCGGCUGCACGUGAUGCAGGACUGCGCCGUCCACAUGCCCGUCGCUAUCGGCCUGGAGCGCAACUCGCCCCUCAAACCGCGCAUCGACAGGCAGGUGCGACGGUGCGUGGAGGCGGGGCUGGUGGAGAAGUGGCUGGCCGACACGAUGCAGGCGACUCGCGCCGCCGAGAGCCGCACGUCGCGGCCGGCGAGCACGCGAGCGCUCGUGGGGCUGCGCAAGUUGCUGGGCGCCGGCGUCGCGCUGGCCGCCAUGAAGGCCUAA